UCCGAAUCUCAGCGUUUUGGACCAAAAUAUGGCCGCGCUUGUACGGCAAUUAAUCAAGGGGGUGAUUAUCUUUGUGAACUAAAUCAGUGCACAAAGGAGCUAAUCGCUUUAUAUUCAAAUCCCCAAUUUACCACCCAAAUACUUUCAAUAAUCAACUCUCUCAAUGAGGCUUUCAUUAAUUUUUUAGGUAAACUACAUCCUGAUUCUAAUGAAAAACGUUCCCAAUUUCUUUCAACUGCCAGUUUUGGCUAAAAACGUGGCUGGAUCGCCAACAGAUUUUCCGAGAGACAAUAUUAUACAAGCAGCAACUCGAGUAGCUUUAUAUACGAGUGAGGCAAUAGCUCUUUCACGUGUAUUAACUUCUAUAAUGGCACAUCCAGCAUGUCAAAGAAGGAUUCAAAGGAUAACAAAAUUAGUAUUUAUUUCAAUUAAUGAAUUACUUGAAUUGGCAAAAUCAGAAGCUUUUGAUCAAUUUAAAUUAACUGGCAAAACAGAAUAUUAUCAAAAUUUACAAAAAUAUGCACUAACCACAGAAAUUACUUUAAACAAUUUAAUAGAGCAAAUAAAGACGUAA